UUCUUCGCUGCGAAGAAAAUGGCGGCGGCGCCGAGCGGGGCCGGGGAGAGGCUGGAGGAGAAGCCGGAGGAGCCUCUCUCAGCGCUGCGCGAACGCACAGCCAAGGCCAAGAAGCCGAAGCGCGAGCGCCGGGAGGAGGCGGCGCCGGAGCCGGAGCCGGCGCCGUCGGAACCGGCCGAGGCCGGUAAAGCCGAGGGCUCGGAGGGGGGGGCGGCGGCGGCCGCGGCGGCGCCGGAGGCGUCCGCGUCGCCCAAGCAGCGGCGCUCCAUCAUCCGCGACCGAGGACCCAUGUACGAGGAUCCCACCCUGCCCGAGGGCUGGACGAGGAAGCUCAAGCAGAGGAAGUCUGGGCGCUCGGCCGGGAAGUAUGAUGUGUACUUGAUCAACCCGCAGGGGAAGGCGUUCCGCUCCAAGGUGGAGCUCGUCGCCUACUUCGAGAAGGUUGGAGACACGUCCCUGGACCCCAACGACUUCGACUUCACGGUCACCGGGCGCGGGAGCCCCUCCCGGCGCGAGCAGCGCCCGCCCAAGAAGCCCAAGGGCACCAAGAGCUCCGGCACCGGCCGUGGCCGCGGCCGCCCCAAGGGCAGCGGAGCCCCCAAGGCCCCCAAGGCGGCAGCGGAGCCCAAGCGGGGGGGGGCGCUGGAGAAGAGCCCGGCCAAGCUGCUGGUGAAGAUGCCGUUCGCGGCCGGCGCUCGCGGUGACGCCGGCGCCGGUGCUGCCGCCACCAGCUCGGCACAGGUCCUGGCCGUCAAGCGCCCAGGCCGCAAGCGGAAAGCGGAGCCCGACCGGCACGGGGGGGCGCCCAAGAAGCGCGGCCGCAAACCGGCGCUGGGAACCGGCCCCGGCGGUGGCGGUGGAGGUGGCGGCGGCGGUACCGGUACCGCGGCCAUGGCGGCGGCGGCCGAGGCCAAGAAGAAGGCGGCGGCGGCAGCGGCGCCCGCGGUGCAGGAGACGGUUCUGCCCAUCAAGAAGAGGAAGACGCGGGAACCGGCGCUGCUGGAAGCCACCAAACCGACGCCGGCGCCGGCGCCUCGAGGCCCUCGCGCCGCACGCGGCAGCCCCAAGGGUCGCGGCGCGGCCGCGGUGCCGGCUCCCGGCCGCAGGGAGAUGGGGGGGGUCGCCGGUGCCGAGCGAGCCCCCCCCGGGCAGCCCCAAGGACAGCGCCGACGCCGCCCCCCCCCCGGCGCAGGACUGCAGUGGAUGCUCCCAGCACCGCGGCACCAGCGACGGCUGCGCCGCGGCAAAGACUCCGCUGGGGCGGGCGCCGGGGGGGGAGCCCGAGCCCAAGGACGCUGCUUCCUCCUCGUCCUCGUCCUCCUCCUCCUCGUCCUCGUCCUCCUCCUCCUCGUGCUCGUCCUCGGUGCCCCCCCCGCCCCCCCCCCCCCAGCUCCGCGGUGCCGCGGCCGCCGCCACCGCCCCGCGACGACGCGGUCGACACCAGGACGCCUGUGCCCGAGCGGGUCAGCUGACUGUAGGAACCAUUUGCACUAA